UUUUUUGUAUCAAAAACAUUAUUUCAUGUUAACAGAUGUUUCGAUUCCAUGGCUCUUAUACAUAGCAGUUCAAUAUGCUUCUGCACCUUCUUUGCAAACACUUUCAGAACUUAUACUAAAGUUCCCAUAUAUUUUUUCUAAAAGAGUAAUAUUAAGCAUUCUUAAUUUUGUACCAGAAUGCAUAGAUCCAGAUGAAUACCUUUCUUUAAUAUUUGAUGAAAAGUAUGAAGGCGAAGACGAUAUGGACAGCUCACAAAUAUCAAAGACACAAAAUAUAAAUAAUGCAGCAUUAUCACAAAAGCUUAAAAAGUUACAUAUAUAUCAAGAUGAAACCAAGACAAAUAAUUGUAUUAGUGAUGAAGAAUUAUAUGCCUGGUUUAUUUCAAGAGCUUUACAAAUUGAAGAAGAAACUGGAUUAAUUUCAUUUUCUCGUAAACUCGUACUGACUUCUAAAUAUCCCAUACCUCCAAAAGUCCAGGAAUGGGGUCGUGGAAUUGUUAGUACACUGGAGUCUGUCAUAAAUAGACAGUAUAAUAAUCCUUUAUUGGAAUUUAAUGUUCCAACAUUAAGAGAAUUUGAAACUUUAAAUCAUAAAGAAGUCAUUGACAUUCUUCUUCAGCAUCUAGAAAAUGAAGAAAUAUUGGAAGAAAUAAAGUCUAGUAUAAUACCAUAUAUUUCAUAUUGCCAAAAAUCAUCAAAAACAAAUAUUUGGGAUUCGUUAUGGUCAUGGCUUCUAAACUUCAGCUUUAAACAAAAAAAUCUAAAUUUGAUAAAAUUAAUAUCAUUCAACAACGUAAUUAGUUCUGAAAAGUAUUCAGAGUUUUCAAAAUAUGCAAUAGCAUCAUGUUAUUGUCUUCAAAGCACAGAAGAAGAAAAUAUUCAUUCAAUGAAAAUAAUUUUGCAAAAUCUUAAACAAAAUUUAAAUAUUGAAACUAAUAGUAAUACUAGUGUAUUAAAUGACAUAAAAAUAUCUUCAUUGAACGUCUUUACACCAGAAAAUAUUCAAGAUUAUUCAGAACUAAUCACACCGAACUCUGAUUCUUUAAGCUUAUUAGAAAUAAUGAUCAAAACUGUUUUAAUUAUUAAUUCUACAAAAGAAAUCUGCAAAAUAACACUUUCAGAAGCUGUUUGUUACAGAAAUAAGGACAAAAAAUCUCAAAUAUCCCUAUUACAUAAAAUGAUACCACAAAACCCUCAUUUUUUAAGCAAGCUCAAUGAUUCAGAGUGGAUAAAAUUACGAAAUAAUAUCAAAUGGCUUCAUGAUGUUAGUCUCAUUUAUAAGAAUAUACCAGAAAUUGAGUAUGAAUCAUUUCUGCUUUAUAAUAUCUUAAGAACUACAAAAUUUAAUCUUGCAGAAAAUAUUUAUAUAAAAAGAAAUAAGGGAAAUAUGCCUUUAAAGGAUGUUAUGGUAGAGAAAAUAUGCAUAGAAAUUUUUCUAGAAUUUUUUGAUAGCUCAUCAAAUGGAAAUAUUACAAAAGGGAAUAUGAAGAAUGCAUAUAAUUUAUUACAAACAAUCAAACAAUAUUAUAAUUCAGAACAAUUGGAAAGUUUUUCAUAUUUAGUAAAAGUAACGAAUACAUUGUAUCAUUAUUCUCAUAAAUUUAAACCAGUACAAAUUCGAUUACAUAAUAACCCUUUUGAAAUUUUAGAAGAUUUUUUAUCAUCUAAUCCUGGAAUAUAUAAAUCUAUAGAUGAAGUAAUGGAAAUAUGUAAUGAUUUGUUACUCAGUACAAACAAAAAUUACCUAUACCAAAAAGAAAUUCAAGCAAAAAUAUUAUGUAUAAUUGCAGAAACAGCAUUAUCUCAAAACGAAUUUGAUUUUGCAUAUGAUAUAUGUAUUAACCAUUUAUUUUCUCUUUUUGAAGCAGUGGAUAUUAAAACUAGAGAAGCACUUUCAAAUAUUAUUUGGAAAAGUUGUCUCCAAAUUUCUAAAAACUAUGAAACAGAAGAAUCUUUAGAAAACAUUAAAAAAAAGAUGUUUCUUCUUUCAAAAGUAAUUAAUAUUUGUCCAAAAGAAUAUCUAGUAGAGGUUUUAAAUGUUUGGAAACGUUUUGAAAAAGAACAACUUUCAAUUAGAUCAAAAAAACUGUCAGAGUUUAAUGAUAAUCUUUCCGUAAAUCCGAACACAGCAAAUUCUUUGCGCAUCUCCAAAUUGUUAUUUUCAUCAGCAUCUAAAGCUGCCCGAGCACUAGGAACAACUCUAUCAUCUACAUCAUUUCCUUUUAAUAAACAAAAAAUAUUACAUAUUGAGAAAAAAGUAAAAAAAAACUUAGUUUCCACUAAUCAAGAGCUUAGAAGCUCAAAUAACAAACUGGAUAAUCUAGCAGAUGUUGUAACACAGAAAUUCACAUCUGGUCUUGGUUGGGUUCUUGGAAUAUCAGACAAUCAAAAAUAA